UUUAACUCAGUCAACUUUUGCCUUACAAUUUAAAUUCGUUUCGACUGCAAACUAUGGAAAAUUUUGUUUUCCCAUUGAUGACAGAACUAUAAUAAUUGGAAAUCUUCGUCUCAAUUAAAUAUGUGGUGGAGUCUUGUAUUGUUUCUGCUUGCAUUUAGAUCAGUUUAUGGCUUUAAGUUCACCAUCGUUCACAAUAAUGACAUGCAUGCUCGCUAUGAUCCAAUGAGAGGUAAGAGUGAUAAGUGCUCCAAGGAGGAGAAUGCCAAGGGUUUGUGCUUUGGAGGAUUUGCAAGAGUAGCCACAGCUGUAGCCAAUGCUCGAGCAGAGGGUCCAACGUUGUAUCUCAAUGCGGGAGAUACUUUCCAUGGCACCCUGUGGUAUCAGGUCUAUAAGGGCCAGUUGGCUGCGCAUCUAAUGAAUCUGCUCGAACCGGAUGCAGUGGCACUGGGUAAUCACGAGUUCGAUGACAACGUCACUGGAUUACUUCCCUUUGUGACCAUUGCCAAAUUUCCGAUUGUCUGUUGCAAUCUGGAUAUUCAAAAGGUUCCGGAGCUACAAAUAUUUCCGAACUUGGUACGGUCAACAGUAAUCACAAGGUUGGGCAGGGACAUUGGCAUUAUUGGCUACAUAACGCCGCUUACAAAAUACUACGUGCCAUAUAAUCAAGUUGAAUACCUCGAUGAGAUAGAGUCCAUUAAUCAAGAGGCAAGACUGCUAACCAAACAAGGUGUAGAUAUUAUAAUUGCAUUGGGACAUUCUGGAUACGAAAAGGAUCGCAUGAUAGCCUUAACAUGUCCGGAUGUUGAUGUCGUUAUCGGCGGACACUCGCACACAUUUCUUUAUAGCGGAACUCCGCCGGAUUACGAUAGGCCAGAGGGUCCAUAUCCCACUGUGAUAACUAGACGCAAUGGCCAGAAAGUACCUGUAGUUCAGGCUUAUGCCUUUACCAAAUACUUGGGCAGAAUUGAGCUGGAGUUUGAUGAUAUGGGCAAGUUAAUAAACUUCGAUGGUGCUCCUAUGCUGCUAGAUAAGUGGGUAUCGCAGGAUGCGAAUAUCACGAAUAACUUGGAUAUUAAGAGAAAUAAAAUUGAUUUGCUCGAAAAACAAUAUUCAGUAGAUCUAAUCGAAUUUAUGAAAUACAUUAAGUCCGGGAAUACUGAAAGCGAUGAAGACAUUUCCUUGUCAAAUGUAGACGCAGACAUAUUCUCUGUUGCAAAUUUGAUCAAAUUUGUGAAUCUAGCCAACCUAUUGGGAACGAUUGUAUUCAUAUUCAUAUUAACAGGCUUGGGUUCUAAGCGUAGCUAUGGGCAGUGUCUUACAAAAAUGCUCUGCAGUCUUCUAUUAUGUUUGAUCUUUCUCGACCAAGGCCGUGGUUUCAAGUUCAGUAUACUGCACAACAAUGAUAUGCAUGCUCGCUAUGAUCCGAUGAAGGGAAGCAGUGAGAAAUGCCCCAAAGGUGAUGAUGAGAAGGGUCUAUGCUUUGGAGGUUUCGCUCGAGUGGGCACGGUUGUUGAAAAAGCCCGUGCUGCGGGUCCGACGCUCUAUCUAAAUGCUGGUGAUACAUAUCAGGGCACGCCUUGGUAUACAUUCUAUAAGGGCGAGUUUGCAGCUGAGAUGAUGAAUAUGCUGAAUCCAGAUGCAAUGUCGCUGGGUAAUCACGAGUUUGACGACAAUGUCGAUGGACUGUUGCCGUUUCUGAAUCUCGUUAAAUUUCCCAUAGUCUGCUGCAAUUUGGACUUGCGAAAAGUGCCUUCAAUGCAAAAUAUCAAGAGUCUGACUAAAUCCAUAGUCAUCCGGAAAUUGGAGAAAGCCAUUGGCAUCAUAGGCUAUUUAACGCCCGAAACGAAAAAUCUGGUUACAGCCAACGAUGUGGAGUAUUUCGAUGAAAUUGAUUGCAUUAAUUCGGAGGCGAAAAAACUUGUCGAGCAGGGAGUUAAUAUUAUCAUAGCACUUGGACAUUCCGGUUAUAAUAGGGAUCAGGAAAUCGCCAAGAAAUGUCCUGAAGUCGACCUUGUCAUUGGAGGACAUUCGCACACAUUCCUCUACACCGGUGCGCCGCCUGCCAAGGAUAUGCCCGAGGGCAACUAUCCGACUAUUGUGAUCAACUCAGAUGGUCGAAAGGUGCCAGUCUUGCAGGCUUAUGCAUACUCCAAAUACUUGGGCGAGAUUCAUCUGGAGUUCGACAACGGAGGCAACCUCAUUAACUUUAGGGGCAAACCAAUGUUGUUGGACUCGUCGGUGCUCCUCGAUAGCAGUAUCAAGGCUGUAUUGGACGCAAAGAGGAAAAAAAUAGAUGAGCUUGAUGAACAGAUCGUUGGCAUAUCGAAAGUCUUUCUUAACGGCUCCACGUGCCGAAAGGCAGAAUGCAACUUUGGCAAUUUAAUUACCGACGCUAUGGUCUACGGUCGUAUUGCUGAAGAUCAGGGCGGACUUUAUUUCACGGAUGCCGCAUUAGCAUUCUGCAAUGGCGGCGGAAUACGUGCAUCCAUUGAUCCGGGAUUAGAAGCAAUCGUAACCGGAGCCGAUGUCGCGACCGUGCUGCCCUUUGGGAAUACUCUGUCGGUGACCCGUGUCAAGGGUAUGAAUAUCAUCAAAUCGCUGGAACAUUCGGCGUCGUUGCGUAACAUAGACUGGUCUGGGGGAUUUCUGCAGGUCUCUGGCUUGAAGAUCAUCAUUAACUACAAUCGACCCAAGGGAAAACGUGUCACAUCGUGCCAAGUGCUCUGCGCCGAUUGUGCAAUUCCCCAAUACCGGCCAUUGGAUAAGCACAAGUAUUAUGGAGUGAUUGUGCCCACCUUUAUAUUGAACGGCGGCGAUGGUCAUAAGUAUUUCAAGGAUCCAAAUGAGCAUAUCAGUGUUAUGCAAAUGAUUGAUCGUGACAACUUGGUGAAAUAUUUUCAAGAGCAUAAAGUGAUUUAUCCUUUUCUGGAGGAGCGCAUCAAAAUUGUGGAGAGGCAUCGCAAAUCAUGUGCUCCAUCACUACGUUCGAUAAUUUUGUACAUUUUCACAGUUUUGAAAAUACUUUUAACAAACUAAGAUAAAUAAAGAUGCGCAA